AUGUCGUCCUUUGACCACGCCCUCCUCGUUCCCAGCUCCAAGCGCUUCACGCUCUUCCCGAUCCAGUACAAUGACAUCUGGACCAUGUACAAGAAAGCCGAGGCCUCCUUCUGGACCGUCGAGGAAGUCGAUCUCGCCAGAGACCCGCCCCACUGGCAGCACAAGCUCACCGACAACGAUCGCUUCUUCAUCAAGCACAUCCUCGCCUUCUUUGCCGGCUCGGACGGUAUCGUCAACGAGAACCUGUGCGGCCGCUUCUAUGCCGAGACCCAGCUCCCCGAGGUCCGCGCCUUCUACGGGUUCCAGAUCAUGAUGGAGAACAUCCACUCGGAGAUGUACGCCCAGCUGAUCAACACCUACAUCCUGGACACGGAGGAGCGCACUCGCCUAUUUGGUGCUAUCGAGACCAUCCCCUGCAUCCAGAAGAAGGCCAACUGGGCCAUCAAGUGGAUCGAGGACCAAGACGCCCCCUUUGCCCAGCGCCUCCUCGCCUUUGCCGCUGUCGAGGGCAUCUUCUUCUCGGGUGCCUUUGCCUCCAUCUUCUGGCUCAAGAAACGCGGCCUCAUGCCCGGCCUGACCUUCUCCAACGAGCUGAUCUCGCGCGACGAAGGUCUCCACACUGACUUUGCCUGCUUGAUCUACUCCAAGCUCACCGAGAAGCCCCCGGCCGAGACCGUCACGGCCAUCAUCUUGGACGCCGUCGCCAUCGAACAGGAAUUCAUGACCGAGUCUCUCCCAUGUGCCCUCAUCGGUAUGAACGCCACUCUCAUGAAGCAGUACAUUGAGUUUGUCGCCGACCGCCUCCUCGUCGCUCUCGGCUACCCCAAGCUCUACAACGCUCUCAACCCCUUUGACUUUAUGGAGCUCAUCUCUCUCCAGGGCAAGACUAACUUUUUCGAAAAGCGCGUGGGCGAGUACAGAAAGGCCGGUGUAUUGGGUGGUGUGCCUCAGGUCUUUGACCUCGAAGCUGAUUUCUGAGUUUCAGUUCAGAGAUCCACAAACAGGACGUUUCGCAUGGCAUCAUGAAUAAAACGUCCGCUAAAUGUACCCACCACCGUCGCCGUCUCCGGGAGUCGCAUGGGUGUGCCCAUUUCGUUGUAGACCUCCAGCAUGCGGUCUACAAUCUCAAACAGGCCGACGUUACUGCCACGGUCCAAAAGCACAUCGUCCUUGCACACCCGCUGCACAUGGACUCUGCGAUACAGCUGCAGAACGAGCCGAAGAAAGUGCUGGAUAUAGAGAUUGGCUUUUUUUUGACUGAAG